CAGAUCCUACGGAGACAAAGAAUAAUAAUAUUGAUGAUUAUAAAACUACAAAAGAAAAUGCUUCUAAUCCAACUCUACUCUCACUGCAACUAAAAAAGAAAGAAAGAAAGAAAGCAAGAGAGAGAGAGAGAGAGAGAAAGCAGAGAGAGGGGGAAAAAAAAAAAGAAAAAAGAAAAAAAGAGGAAAAAGUAAGGAGGGGAAAGGUUGUGGUGGUGGUGAAAGAAAAGGCAUAGCAAUGGGGAGCGGGAAGGCGCGCUGGAAGCUCUCGUUCCACCGGUCGCCUUCGUCCUCGCCGUCCUCCUCCUUCUCCGCCGAGGCUCCGCCGGAGUUCUUGUGCCCCAUCUGCCGCUCUCUCAUGGCCGACCCCGUCAUCGUCCCCUCCGGCGACACCUUCGAGCGCCGCUGCAUCGAGGCGUGCUCCGCCCUCGACUUCACCCCUCCCACCCUCUCCUCCUGCUUCCCCCCCGACACCCCUCCUCCGAUCUCCGUGCGCACCAGGAGGGUGAACCCUAAUCCCCGCUUCUCCCCGCCUUCUUCCUCCGCCUCGUCGUCCUCCUACCCUUCCUCUUCCUCCUUCCCCUCCUCGGAAAUGGCGGCCGGAGCCGCCGAGGAAACCCUAACUCAGGAGACCCCGACCAAGGCCCGAGAAGCGCCGGAGGCCUCUCCGACCGCUUCGUGCGAUCGCUUGGAGGAGGAGAUCCUGACGCAGUUGAAGGAUUCGGAGCCCUCGGAGCAGGAGGCGGCGAUGGCGUCGCUGCGGCAGGCGACGAGGGAGAGCCGGGAGCGGCGGCUCGCGCUGUGCACGCCGCGCCUCCUCGCGGCGCUGCGCCCGAUGCUCCUCUCGCGCUACGCCGGGGUCCAGGUCAACGCGGCGGCGGCGCUGGUCAACCUCUCGCUGGAGGCGCCCAACAAGGUCCGCAUCGUGCGCUCCGGCGCCGUGCCCCCGCUCGUCGACGUGCUCAAGGGCGGGCACCCGGAGGCGCGCGACCACGCCGCGGGCGCCCUGUUCAGCCUCGCUCUCGAGGAAGAGAACCGCGCCGCGAUCGGGGUCUUAGGGGCGAUCGAGCCCCUGAUCCAGCUCUUCACCCGCGCCUCCUCCUCCUCCUCCUCCUCCUCCGAUGCCCACCGCGCGCGCCGCGACGCGGGGACUGCGCUCUACCACCUCUCCGUGGCGAGCACCAAUCAAUCCAAGAUGGCGCGGACCCCGGGCGCGGUCAAGGCGCUCCUCGCGCUGGCCACGGCGCCGAAUUCCGACUCGGCGGCGCUGCGGAGGCUGGCGCUGAUGGUGGCGGGCAAUCUGGCCGGCUGCGCGGACGGGAGGGCGGCGCUGAUGGACGCGGGCGCGGUGGCGGCGCUGGUGGGGCUGAUGAGGGACGCCGCGGGUACUCCUGAGGAGGAGUACUGCGUCGCCGCGCUCUACGGGAUGAGCAAGGGCAGCUUGCGCUUCCGCGGGGCCGCGAGGGCCGCCGGCGCCGAGGCGGUGCUGAUGAGGGUGGCGGAGGACAGCAGCGGCGGGCGCGCCGGGGUGAGAAGGCAGAUGGCGCGGCGGACGCUGCGGGCGAUGCGCGGCGAGGACGACGACGCCGCCGCUGCUGCCGCGGCAGCGUUCGGGACGGAAUUCGACGACGACGGCAGCAUCGUGUCGGAGGGGCUGGUUUCGUUCCGGCGGCGGCAUCAACGGGAUUUCGGAACCGGCGGCGGCGGCGGCGGCGGCUCUAACACUACCGAAUUCUGAUGAAUGCAAGUUUGUUUCUUUUUUUUCAUCGAUAGUUUAUUGUUUGGUUUUUCUCUUUUUAUUAGGAUCGAAUAUGAAGUUUGUGUCUAGAAGUGAAAUCCUUUCUUGUUUAUAUAUAUUCCUGUUAUUUUUGAAAGUGAAGAUUAAGAAUUUCUGUGAACUUGGUGAGCUGAAGAAGAGCAUGGGGUUGUCGAUUAAUUCCAAGCUGUUAAAUAACUGUGUAUAGUGUUUUGUUCUUGAAUAUCUUCUAAUUCAUAAUAUUACUUUUGAAUG